AUGAUUGACAGAAAUCACCAAGCCACAUUGCUCAUCAACAAUGUAAGGAAAGAAGAUGAAGGAAAAUAUAAGAUUGAGUACAGUGUACAACUUGAUGGGACAUUACUGGCUUAUCAGGAGUUUAAUGUAUCAGUUUUAGAAUCAUUUAACUGGACAGUGCAAACUGACAAUCCAACACUGAUAACAAAAGGAGAGGAUGAGUCACUUAUAUGGGAGUUCACUCUAACUGCUGAUGAACAGGCCAAGAGUGAUGUUUUUAAUUUUGUUAAGUGGCACAAGUUUGAUCAAUCAAGUUUAGUUUAUGACCUGGUUGAACCCCCUGCAAUUGUUAAUGUGACUGGUGACCAAUAUGUUUGUGUGGGUUCUAUGGUAACUUUGAAUUGCAAAGCAACUGGUAAACCAAUACCAAAUAUUACUUGGACAAGAGUGUGGAAAAAUGGUACUGGCAGUGGAGAACUACCAUCUAUAGAUGGGCUUUAUGUGAUCAGUAAUACUAGCAGAAGCUCCCAUGGAACAUACCGCUGUACAGCAACCAGUGGAGUGGGAGAUCCCACUAAUCAGACAACAGAGGUGAUUGUAGGAAAGAUUAAGCAGUUCACAACAUCUGCUACCGGCCACACAGUAUGUCAGAAUUAUGUCAUUAGCUUUAACUGCUCAGCUGAAGCUAAUCCAUCGGUGACAUCAUACCAGCUAUUUGAGAACGACACUGCUAUCUUGGACAAGAACACUUCAGGAAUAUGGAGCAGAAACAUGUCAACAAGGGGAGUGUUCAUAUACAAAUGUGUGGCCAACAACACUUAUGGAACAGGAAUUAGUGAAAAUAUUGUUGUUCAUGUGUAUGGUAAGUGA